UUGGUAGUGUUUCGAGACUGGAAAAGUGGAGAAGAAAAAUGGCGACUUAAUUGAGUGCACUGUCAACUGCUUGCAGGCGUUUGUAAGAUAGCUAACUAAUUGUCAACCAAGUUCACGGAUAAUACCUCCGGCUUCACUGACUCGAAUUUCUACUUUCUAGUCUACCUUUUUGCCCUCAGAGGACCAUGUCCAGACUGUGUGUGGUAUGCGGGGGCUCGAAAGGUAUCGGGAGAGCCGUGUCUCGCCUGCUGGCAGAGAAGGGCUUCCGAGUAGCCGUGCUGUCCAGGAACCAGGACGCGGCGCGGGCCACCGUUACAUCGCUGAAAGGAGUUGACCACCUGGCGUUCAGUUGUGAUGUUUCCCAAGAACAGGAAGUGCAGAAGACGUUUGAGAAUAUCCAGAAGACCUGUGGAAACAUCUCCUACCUCGUCAAUGCUGCUGGAAUCAACAAGGACAGUCUGCUGCUGCGGGCCAGGCCAGAGGACAUGGUGUCUGUCCUCCACACCAACCUGCUCGGCAGCAUGUUGACCAGCAGGGCGGCGCUCAGGAGCAUGCUGAGGGCUCGGGGGGGCGCCAUCGUCAACAUAGGCUCGGUGGUGGGGUUGAAGGGGAACUCUGGACAGUGUGUGUACAGCGCCAGCAAGGCAGGACUGGAGGGCUUCACACGAUCUCUGGCAAAAGAGGUCGCCUCUCGUAACAUCCGUGUCAAUCUCCUGGCCCCAGGGUUCAUCCAUACCGACAUGACUGCGGGGCUGAGCGAGGAGGAGGGUGCUCGAUCUAUCCCCCUGGGCCGCCUGGGGGAGCCGGAGGAGGUGGCCCAGGCUGUGCUCUUCCUGUUGCUGUCUCCCUACGUCACAGGACAGGUCCUGGCGGUGGAUGGGGGCCUACAGCUGGCCAUGUAGCACACAGCCACAGAGAGAACCUGUGGAUGGGGGCCUACAGCUGGCCAUGUAGCACACAGCCACAGAGAGAACCUGUGCCUGGCCAUGUCCAGGCCGGAGCAGGGGAUGCCAGGUUGGCUGGUGCACAGAGAGGGCCUGCUGGGGAGCCCACAGCCCUGUUGGUCCCUGGGUGGUGUGGAGGAGGACUCUUGAAAAAGGCUAAGUGUUCUGAAAAUGCACUACACUGUUUAGUAAUGAUGUAAAAGGCAACAUUGUUGGAUAAUGGAAAUAGUCCAGGUUCAUUUAAUGGUUUGAAGUAAUUCAUGGCUUCUGCAAAGUGCUUGUAUAAUUUUUUUUGCAUUGAAUUGAAAUGUAUUUUUGCAGUGGGGUGGUGAGUUAAGUAGGGGUCGGAAUCCUUUGGUACCUCACGAUUUGAUUGUUGGGGUCACAAUCGAUUCAAUAUAUAUAUGCUUACGUUUAACGUUUUGUAUGUAAAAAGUAAACUAGAAAAUGUACAUUUGUGUAUCGCUAGAAGACUGAAUCGCGAUUCAUAUGUGAAUCGAUUUUUUCCCCCACCCCUAGUGUUAAGUCAAAAUAAAUGUGUUUAAUGUUAAAA